AUUUUAAAUAAAUUUCAAAAAGAAAAGAUGAUGAUAAAUGAAUAAUUUAAGUCAAAAGAAAAAGCGAAAGGUAAAAAAUUGAACUUGAGAAACACUUUUUCUCAAAACCUAUACAGUAACCUUGCAAACUUAAAAAGCAUUAUUUAAAUACAAUGGUAAACAGUGAAAUAUGAUAACAUAAAGCAAAAACAUGUUAAACUCCUUGAUUGGAUGGAAAAACAUGGGUAUAUAAUAUACCACUUCUUUGUUAGCACUUAGCAGUGAAAUCAUCCCAUGGAACUGUAAAAAGCUCAUCAGUCCCUGUCAACGUAAUAUCAUCUCGAAACCAGGGUUGAUGUGUUAAGACCCACAUCCUCACUCCUUAUACAACCUGUCACCACUAACUUACAGCCUGGCAACCCUGCCUACUGUUCCUCUUCCUCUUCCUCUUCCUCUUCCUCUUCCUCUUCCUAUAAUAUGUUUAUUACUACGUCACGACAAAAUCCUACGUGGCUACCCGGUCCAAAAUCCGAGACAUCUUUCCUUUCAUAAUUCCUUCCUAUAUAUAUAUAUAUAUUAUAAACUCCCCCCAGCUCUCCAACACCAACAUUUUCAAAAAAGCUUUCUAUUCCAAAAAUAAUCGAAAGCUCCGACGUUGAAAUCCACAAAUCUGAAAAUAGAAAAUGGGUAUUUGUAGUUCUUGCGAUUCGACUCACGUAGCAACUGCCAAGCUGAUUCUCCAUGAUGGGCGGUUACAAGAGUUUCCUUACCCCGUCAAGGCUUCUUACGUUUUGCAGAAGAAUCCCAUGUGUUUCAUCUGCAACGCGGAUGAGAUGGACUUCGAUGACUUCGUAUCCGCCAUCGAGGAAGACGAGGAGCUUCAACCCGGUCAACUUUACUUCGCUUUGCCCUUGAGUUGGCUCAACCAUCCUUUACAAGCUGAGGAAAUGGCUGCAUUGGCUGUCAAAGCCAGCUCUGCUUUGAUGAAAACCACCGCCUCUGAAAAAUGCAGGCGCGGGAGUAAGGCGGUUACCCCUUUCGCGUUUUCUGAAGGGUCUCCUCGCCGGCAGGUUUCACCCGCCGCCGGUUCUGGUGGUGGAAACGGCGGGGAGAAGAGAGGGAGAGGGAGAGGGAGAGGGAGAGGGAAGUUCAAGGCUGUGUUGAGUUCUAUCCCGGAAUAGAGAUGAGGGUGGUAUAAAUGUAAAUAUGUAAAAAUGGGAGGGACUUGUUAGUGAAAUCAUUGGUAGAAUGGAUCCCCAUUGUGGAUGUGAUUAGCUUAAAAAGUCGUGAACUCUAGUGUUUCAUUACAUUGCCCGUUUGCCCAAGUGAGGGUCGUGUUACAAUUUUACCCCAAUUUGGGUCAAAAACGAAUUUUACACAAGAUUCAAUCAUACUUGCAUCUUUUGCUUUUAUUUAAUUAUAAA